GUCGUAGCAUUGAUUGAAAGAAGGAAAAGAACUAACCACUAAAAUCCUGACAACUGUCACCGUUUGCUUUUCUUGCUCGCCCACUAGAAGUAGCCAUACUUCGGCUCGGCUGAAUCCCAGUAGAUAGUAGAGCUCUGCUGCGAGCAGGAGGGUGACGAGAUCCCCAUCUCCGGCUUCCGCUCCUCCCGUUCUUAAAACCCUAGGCCCAAAACUUUCGAGCUUCCGAUCAGAGGGAAAGAGGAGGAUACUCUCAAUGGCAACUGUGACCGCUUCAAAUUUCAUCUCACAAGGUUUUCAGGCCAAAUAUGGUGGAGCUUCUGAACCAGGAAAAAGAACAUACACGAGCAGGAGCAUGACCUCUUUGAGGAACCAAACUUCUGUGUAUCAUGGCCUGCGACCUCAAAACAUGGUUGAUACGCCUCACAAGCGAGCUAGUUUGAAAGCAAAUGUCAGGGAAAGAAGCAGAGGCCCUUUUCAUAAGGUUUCCCAGCCUUGGCUUAUCUUAUGUGGCACUGGAAUGAACAUAAUCUUUGUUGGAGCUGAGGUUGAUCCAUGGAGUAAAACUGGAGGACUUGGUGAUGUUCUUGGUGGAUUGCCUCCUGCGUUGGCGGCAUAUGGGCACCGUGUCAUGACAAUUUCUCCACGAUACGAUCAAUACAAGGAUGCAUGGGAUACUAGUGUUCGUGUUCAGAUUGAACUUGGGGAUAGGACUGAAACUGUUGGCUUCUUCCAUUGCUACAAACGAGGAGUUGAUCGAGUUUUUGUUGACCAUCCAAUGUUUUUAGAGAAGGUGUGGGGUAAAACUGGAGGGAAGAUAUAUGGUCCUGUGACUGGAACAGAUUACCAGGACAACCAGAUACGGUUCAGCCUUUUUUCUUUGGCAGCGUUGGAGGUUCCUAGAGUCUUGAAUCUGACCAAUAAGUUCUUCUCCGGGCCAUAUGGAGAAAAUGUCGUGUUUAUUGCUAAUGAUUGGCACACUGGCAUUCUUCCAUGCUAUUUAAAAAGCAAGUACAAAGCCAAUGGAAUUUAUAAGAGUGCAAAGGUAGCAUUCUGUAUUCACAAUAUGGCAUACCAAGGUCGAUUUGCCUUCUCAGACUUUUCACUUCUAAAUCUCCCAAAUCGUUUCAAAGCUUCUUUUGACUUCAUUGACGGGUAUAACAAGCCGGUAAGAGGAAGGAAAAUAAACUGGAUGAAGGCUGGUUUGAUAGAAUCUGACACAGCCGUCACUGUGAGCCCUUACUAUGCUGCAGAGCUUGUUUCAGGGGUAGAAAAAGGUGUAGAAUUGGAAAACAUCUCGCGAAUGAAGGUUCGAAAAGGGAUUGUUAAUGGCAUGGAUGUCAAUGAAUGGAAUCCAGCCACAGACAAAUAUAUAUCGGCUAAUUACGAUGCAGAAACAGUGACUGAGGGCAAGGCUGUGAACAAGGAAGUAUUGCAAGCCCAAGUGGGUUUGCCUGUGGAUAAGAACAUUCCUGUCAUUGUUUUCAUUGGAAGGCUAGAAGAGCAGAAAGGCUCUGAUAUUCUUGCAGAGGCCAUUCCAUUGUUCAUUGAAGAUAAUGUUCAGAUUAUAGUUCUAGGAACUGGUAAGAAAAAGAUGGAGAAGCAAUUGGAGGAACUAGAAGCAAAAUAUCCAAACAAAGCAAGGGGAGUUGCAAAAUUCAACGUUCCCUUGGCACAUCAGAUGCUUGCUGGCGCUGAUCUGAUUGUCAUACCCAGUCGAUUCGAGCCUUGUGGCCUUGUACAGUUGCAAGGCAUGCGAUAUGGAGUGCUGCCCAUUGGUUCAUCGACUGGAGGACUUGUCGACACCAUCAAAGAAGGCAUUACUGGAUUUCUAAUGGGAGCCUUCAGCGUUGAGUGUGAAACUGUCAGCCCUGCUGACGUUGCUGCGAUUGCAUCAACUGUCAAGAGAGCUCUCAAAAUCUAUGGUACUCCCAAAUUCACAAAGAUGAUUCAGAAUUGCAUGGCACAAGAUCUUUCCUGGAAGGGCCCUUCGAAGCAAUGGGAGCAGGUUCUGCUCAGCCUGGAAGUAGCAGAUAGUGAACCUGGAUCUGAGGGAGAAGAGAUCGCUCCCCUUGCCAAGGAAAACGUGGCUGCUCCUUGAAAGGAGUCAGAGCUAAGCUUGAGCACUCGCCCUUUUUGGUAUGUAAAGCCUUGAAGUUUCAGAACUUUUGAAUUCAACGUAUGGUUCUUGGUAGUUCUAAUGGGUAAAUUCCGGCUAUAACCAAGCUCUGCAUUUGUAAGCUACAUAAUUGAACAAAGCACAAUUUAUAUGGUUGGAGUUCAAUUUGGUGCAGCAAUUACUACCAAGUAAUAGCUCCUAUCUACCAA